UGGUCUUACUGGGGCUGUGGCUCGUACGGCUGGAGACGGGGCGAGAUUAAUGUUGUCAUAACAACCUCAGACGAUCAAGUUCUUUUGCCGCCACACGAGUUCAUCGCAAAUAAUAGUGCUAAAUGGUCCAAGGUUCCUGGAUAUGACUCACUUUCCACAGAGUUAGUGCUGUCGUUUUUCAGCCCCUCCCAAGUCGGCUACCACCAAGAGUUACGAGUGUGGUAUGGCGAGGAUCUAAUGAAUGCUGGCGAGGGAGACAAUGGAGGCACCGCUUGCGUUGAUGUAUAUGCAAUUUUCGUCUGAGCUUUCACUGAGCAGCAAGUAGUCGUAACAAAACUUUUCAUAGUUUUUAUGUAAUGGAAUCAUAAACUAGGAAAGCGCCUACUUUUUAGAUCAAGGUUAUCACUUUUCUGUUCUUAGGACCAGUCCUUAUUUACCACCGGGGGGAAGGGAGCGGGGGAAGGGAGGGGGGAGAGAUAGAAGGAUUUGAUUAACGAAGAGGGGGGGGGGAUAAGUCCUCGGUAACAGAGUAUAAAGUGAGAAUUAUAGAAAACUGGGUGUUCCUUUUUUCCAUUCAUCCACUGUCCCCUUCCCUCUUCCCUCCUUUAGGAGCCUGGCUACGCAGGUUACGAUUUCUGUUGGAGUGUUUUUAAACGAGGGGUGCACCUCAAACAGUAUUGAUAAUAGAAAUAAAAAAAAGUAAAAACAUGUAAGGUCAGCUUUAUGUUAUGUAACAAAAGCAAUUUUCACAAGGAAAAUAAGAGUAACUGCUUCCCGAUGAGUCAAGUUUCUUUCUUUCCAAGCCUAGGGAUUCAUCUUCUCCUCGAGCCUCUAAAUGCGUGUAAAAUGUAGCAAAUUGACGGAAAAGAUUGAAAAGGAAGAAUAAUUAUAUAUAUUAUCAAGAAAGGUCAUUUCUGUCGAUUGUAAAAGCAGUUACGCUUUGAAAUCAAAAAGGCGUUUAAAACGAAGACCAAACGGAUCACUAAUUCGAAACUAUUUUCAAACCUGAAAGCGCAUAAGCUGUUGCAUGCCCAAAUUUUUCAACUCCUAGCCGGGUAUGGGUAACUGGCUUCUAAAUUCUACAGUGUUACCCUUGAAUCAUAGAUAAGGUCAUGAGAAUAAAGGAAAUGAUCACCAAUUUAAGAAGCUCCUGAUUGCCAAACAAAUUCCUACGUUUGUUUACUUUUGCGUUUUCUUCUUUACAAAUCGUGCCAAUUGUUAAAUAAUCUCAUCUCAUUUAAUUAAAUGUUGAAUAAGCAGUUCGCUUCCAUCUGUGUAUAUAGUCAAAUAAACUGAGCAGCUGGUCCAUACCGGUGCAAAAACAUGUGAUGCAAAAACAGGUGACACCUGACGUUGCAUUGUACUCGUUAAUCGAUUAAGAAAGGGAUGGCUUAUCAACAAAAGGGAGAACAAAACUUGAAUGAUAUUUCUACGUUUCUCAUGAGUUCAACUUCAUUCCAUUUCCUCUAUUUUUUAAGCGAGCUGAGAUAAACUUAAAGAAUGCCAAUUUCACCCUUAAGCUUUGCUGAGAGCCUUUGGAUGGGGCUUUAUUUGGAUAUCGCGGUUCCCAAACCGUUAGAGCUUUCAAAUUACGAUCACUCGGGGUAGGUGACCGCUGAUUGAUCUGCAUGACAUUAGAUACCCUUGCAUGGUGAAUGUAGCCAUAAUUCAAGUCAAUAAUGUCUAGUUGAACGUCAAGGACGUUAGAGAGACAUCAUUUUUAAGGUAACCUUCUUUCUACCCGAAAAUGAAAUUUCAAACAGCGUUAAGCAUUUCAGUUUCAAUUUUAUCUAUUUGAUAAUUUGUUUCUAAACAUGUAAAAACUUAAAAAUCAUGCGAUGGCUUCACACAAAAAACUCUACCUGGUCAAGCAAACGAUUGUUCACGAUAAUUGUGAUAUAUCUGUCGUCUCUGAAUCCUGGCUGGACCCUCCCACGACUAAUAAUGACAUCCAAAUUCCUGGCCAUAUCAUUUUCAGGCAGGAUAGAGAUCCGCAUAAAUCUGGGGGCGGGAUCGUUGUCUACAUUAGAAACUCAUUUAAAGCAUCGAUCAUCGAUAACUCGCCAGCAACUAUGGAUGCUAAUUCCCAACAACUCUGGCUUAAAGUCCAGUGCAGGAAAUCAAAAUCUUUUCUACUAUGCGCUGCUUACAGGCCAGACUUAGUAUCCAUGUCUAGAUUCCUGGACGAUUUUAUCACCUCUUUUAUGGACUCGCUUCUUCUAGGAAUGGAAGGUAUGGUUGCUGGUGACCUAAAUGCAGACAUUUUGCCGGGCUCCUCUUGUCCUGAGGGUCGAGCUUUGAUGGAUCUCUGUAAUUCACUUAAUCUCUCGCAGCUUGUUACACAACCAACAAGGACCACUGAUACAUCUGUAACGUUAAUUGAUGUGGCGCUUACAACAAACAAGAGCUUUAUUACUAUCUGCGACGUAAAUAUUUCGGCAGAUGCUGAUUAUUGAUUGGUGGCGGUCACAUUGAAUCUCAAAGCUUUAAAACCUCGGCCUUUUUUAUAUUUUCACCAGAAGCUACAAAAACUAUAACUCUGAGUUAUUCCUAAGUGAUUUGAUGUGUGACCCUUUUCACCUUGUUAAUAUUUUUGACGAAAUCGAUGGCCAAGUUGAUGUAUUCAAAGAGUUAUUCCUCGACACGCUGAGUGAACACGCACCAAUUAAGCGCAUCAAGAUCAAGUCACGCCCGAAUCCGUUUAUCACACCUGAGAUCAAACAAUUGAUCAAAACCUGCAACAGCUGGCAAAAAAAGGCACGUAAAACAAACAACAAACGACAAACGACAAACGACAAACGACAAACGACAAACGACAAACGACAAACGACAAACGACAAACGACAAACGACAAACGACAAACGACAAACGACAAACGACAAACGACAAACGACAAACGACAAACGACAAACGACAAACGACAAACGACAAACGACAAACGACAAACGACAAACUCCAUUGAGGCGCUUUUUAAGAGCGUGUCCACGAGAGCACCGGGCAGUCGUUCCACAUGCCGUCUCACCGAUUUCAAUGAAACUUUGCCAGUUUAAAGGGUCUCCCAAAACUCAAGAAGACAAACUAGUUUCUGCUUUGGUUUUUUCCGGGGGGAGAUAGACCACCCCCCGGUUUUUCUUGGUUUUCACCGAGGAAAUCGCUUCAAAAUAGGUAAGAUGUAUGACGCUCUCACUGCGAUGGUAUUUAAUCAAUUAUUCUGAGAGUUUGCACACACAUUUUUACAUCCUUAGUUAAUGUUCGCCGCAAGUAUAAGUCCAUUUGAUUGACGGCUUGUCAAUCAACAGAGGUAAAUAUACGACUGUGUUUUUAGACUUUUCGAUUCAUCCAAAUAUUUGACAACUUUGAGGUCAAAUAUCUCCCGUUGUCAGAAAGCUACAACACUAAUCUUAAUUACCUUUUAUAAUCUAUUAUUUCAUCUCUGAAAAUCAUCAAAAAAAUCUUUGGACACUACCGUAUUUUUGUGUUGGAUGUCUUUUAAAAUCUGCGACUGUGACAAGUUUCUUUCAACUACACCUGUCACGCAAUUCUUGCUCUAGGCGAUCACUUGACGAAAUAAACCUACGUUUUUUAGCUCUUUAUAUAAGAUGAUUGAUCAAGAAAGGUGAAAAAUGUGAAAAACUUUCGAGGGUUUUUGUAGGAAUGGAAAAUUUCACGUUUAGAGAGAUGCAUGUAGACGAAAAAUCAAUGAGAAAAUCGUAGCGUUUCUUUCUUCAGUCGUUUAUUACUUUGGAGAUUUGCGAAAAUCAGGAAAUAGGGCUCUUGUACAGAACAAAAAAUUCAUUGGCCUAUAAUUUGAUCGUCUAUUAUCAUUAUCGCACAGUUUACUAUGAGGAAACUGUGGAGCAGGAGAGAGAUUUUAAAGUCACAUGUCGGGUGCUUGUUGACGUAUAUGUAUGACGCCAUGGAAUCUGAAGGUCUGAGGUUUGAUUCCUCAUGGGAACUCAGAAUUUUUUCUUUGUUUGUUUGUUUCUUUUUUUCUUUCCCAAUGCCAUUAACAGUUGUAUAAGCCGUGUGAAGGAUUUCUUGCUAGUAAUGAGAGAAGCAGAGUUAGCAUUGGAACAAGGACUUCAAGUGAAGUCUCCCACUGAAUUGGAUAUUGAAAGUGUUGACGAUGGUGCUCCAUUUAUUGAAAUGGUAAGCAUAACCCUCUAUACCCUAACAUCAGAGAGUAUAUUCUUCAUACUGUUCUCUAUAACCUUCCUGAGGUGCUGACAAGGAGAAUUUGUUGAAAAAUAAGAAGCUGCUCUAAUCGGUGAUCAUUUCCUUUAUUCUCAUGACCUUAACGUUUGAUUCAGGGGUGAUAUUGUAAGGAGAAAUUAGAUGUUAGUCACUCUUAUGGCCAAAGCGUUGAGAAAAAAAAAAUGCAUCCCAAUUAUUUUCUGCAAGUAAGAUUGCGUGCUGGAGCACCCAGCCACCAGAUGCAUCGCAUGCACUCGGAGCAAGGUGUUUUUGACAUUGACUUAUUAUUAUUUUUUCUUAAUUGUAUUUGUUUUGUUGUUGUAUUUGUCUUGUUCGAGUCCCACUUCCCAGUCCCACCUUUAGUCACAGCCCAGUAGGCCUCUUCUUCGAUUAAAUGCAAGAGCAAUUUAAAAAUUUUUUCAUAUAAAUUGACUGAACAACUUUGCGGAACGCAAGGAAUCAUGUUUGUUUUCGAAACAAAUCCUCUUUUAUACGCCAUUUCGUAAGUCUUCGGUGCCAAGAGAUUAUAAAGAUCAGCAUAAUCUUUGUCGGAGCAGAUUACUUUUAACAAUUUCGCCGUUAGGAAAACGCUCAUAUGUUUUCUUUGAAUUUAUCAUCUAUGCAAUAGUAAAGAGACAAUCCAAGCUUGAUACUUUUUGAUAUUUUGUUUCGAUAGAGUUUGUGGGCAGUUGAGUUCCCAGAGUAGAUUAGAGCGGUCUUUAUCUUGAUCGAUCUUCUGAUACCGUCCCGGUCCAGGGUUUUUGGUUUACUGCGGUUCUACCAGCAGGAAAAGCAGUUUAGAACAUCAAGAGCACCGACAGUCAAACGUCCUGUUUUGGAGAGACUGGCUGGAAUUUCAGUACAAGAUUGUCUGAGCGCGUGGUGAAUGAGAUCAUUUUAUCUAUUCUGAAUCUGCUUAUAUAACUGUUGUGACGCUAAAUUGUCCUUGCUGUAACGGUAACUGUGUUCCCAAGCUCAACGGCAUCGACCACAUGAUUGACGAGCGAUGUCAGGAACCACGGUUUGGACCAAGACUCGCGCCUAUGAAUUCUUUCACAUAUAUGCUUCGGUGUGAGCGUGUGGUGAAUGAGAUCAUUUUAUCUAUUUUGAAUCGGCUUAUCUAACUGUUGUGACGCUGAACUGUCCUCGCUGUAACGGUAGAUGUCUUCCCAUGCGCAACAGCAUCGACCGUAUGACCGACGGGCUGUAGAAACAGCUAGAAAUCCUAUUUAAGUAUAUUAAUUAAUCAUAUAUACGGCUCAUGCGAACCGGACUUGAAUCGAGACUUAAAGAAUUCCUUACAGGAAACUACACAGCCGUGCAAAAACACGUACUGUGCGUAAACGACUGAAGCACUUUGUUUUAAAAGCACAGGGAAAUGAAUAAACUUACCUGCAGCACUUCUCUUCACGGCCAACAACCCAAGAAUUGAAACGAACAGGAAAAUGAAAAUAGAUUUCAUGUUAACUUCAAACAGAGCGACUGGUGUUCUAUCCUCCGCCACGAGUCUGCAGUAACUGUAUCAUGCAUCGUGAUCCUCUCAUAGUAUACCUACUUUCAAAGGGCAUACCAAUAUAUGGCGGUAUGAAAGUCGUCCCACUUUUCAGGCCUGUGAUUGGCUGAAAAUAUCUGAUUGGAAUCGCAAUAUUGAGAUAAAUUCUCACAUCUUCACUCCAGAAUUUUCGGGCGCUUUUAUCCUUAUACUGGCUGGACGACGAUAGGGAACCACUUGCGAAUCUGAGAAGCCAAUACUGCAUUACAUAGGUGGCGUUAAGAGAAUUAAGGGAUGUUGACCAUUUAAACCGAGAUUCCUGAAAUUCGGGCGUAAAUAGUUAGUUCUGUGUUUCUGUUUACAACCAUAGAAACGCGUUUUUUUUUUCGAGGCGUAGCCGAGAGCAACUCUAGCUUCUUGAGCCAAUUGUUUCGUUUAUGACGGAUGCACAGUACUCAAAACACUUUCAAAGGUCUGGAAAAUGAAGCUACGUUUUCUUGGAAUGGAUUGCUACCUACAUUAAUCGUGAAAGAAAAACCAAGAUAAAUUUGUUACUUAAUUUGUUACAACUGACGUUGUCGCAUCUAUUUAAGUCAAGGAUUCGUUUUAAGAAAGAGCAAUACAGAAAUCCCGUAUUGAGCUCUGCAACCUAUCUAUGAAUAUGACAUUUUCCCAACAGGAACAAGAUAUUUCUUUGCUUAAACUUCUGGUUUUUUUUGUUUUUUUGUUUUGUCUUUUUUUUUCGACAAGCUCUUUCACAGUCUAGUUCAACAUUUCGUGCAACAAUUCUACGCUAUUUCUGCAAUGUUGUAUCUCGACUUGUCUGGGGGAAAUUCAGUAAAUAUGGAAUAUUUGUAUAUUGUGGCUAAUUCCAUUCGGGAUUUUAGUGCGUCCAAUACCCUAUCUUUUGACCAACCGGUUUACAGAUGAAUGUAAAUAUCCAUGAUCUAGAUUUAAAGAGAUUAUGUAAAGGGCAAUACGAGAUUUGGCACUGCACUCCUUCGAACGUCAGACAUUAAUUAAAAAUUGGUUCAUGCUUUGAUUUGUUACUUAAUUUGUUACAACUUACGUUGUUGCGUCUAUUUAGGUCAAGGAUUCGUUUUAGGAGAGAGCAAUACGGAAAUCCCGUACUGAGGCAGUAAAAGAGAAAACCAACGGACAAGGAGACUCGGCAUCAGCGCCGUCACGGUUCGCUUCACUGUCCGAGGGUGAAAUGCGACAAUUUUUGACAAAAAAAUAUUGUCUCGGGCAACUCUUACGCUUCUUUCGUGCUCUCCAAACUUCCCACGUGCUACAUAACUUGAUAGUGCACGCUAAAGCAUGAACCAAUUGUUAAUUAAUGCCUGACGUUCGAAGGAGUGAAGUGCCAAAUCUCGUAUUGCCCUCUACAUAAUCUCUUUAAAUCUAGAUCAUGGAUAUUUACAUUCAUCUGUAAACCGGUUGGUCAAAAGAUAGGGUAUUGGACGCACUAAAAUCCCGAAUGUAAUUAGCCACAGUACACAAAUAUUCCAUUUUUACUGAAUUUCCCCAAGAUGGGGCUUACAGGCUAGUCGAGAUGCAACAUUGCAGAAACAGCGUAGAAUUGUUGCACGAAAUGUUGAACUAGACUGUCAAAGGGCUUGUCAGAGAUAAAAAAAAAACAGAAGUUUCAAUAAAAAAUAUCUUGUUCCUGUUGGGAAAAUAUCAUAUAUAUAUAUAUAUAUAUAUAGAUAGGUUGUAGAGUUCAAUACGGGAUUUCUGUAUUGCUCUCUCUCAAAAUAGAUCCUUGUCGUAAAUAGAUACAACAACGUAAGUGCUAAAAUGCUCCAAAAGAAGAAAGAUGUAAACAAAUUCAGUUAUCUUGGUUUUUCUCUCCCCAAUGAAUGUAGGUAGCAAUCCAUUCCAAGAAAACGUAGCUUCAUUUUUCAGACCUUUGAAAGUGUUUUGAGUACGUGAUUUUGCGAUGAAAAUAGUAAACAGAUCAUUGAAUGAACAUGGGUGCAUUAUCUGAUCAGGGGAAGGGCAGGAUUUUUGGAAAGUUUAUGUCAUUGCACGAGCCACAGGCGAGUGCAACUACGAAAUAAUGCCAAGUGAACCCUGUACAUUCUUGCCGCUGAUAAAUAAUUUCGUCUUGUUAGAUUUAAACAUGCAUUCACCAAACUAUCUGUGGAAUAGAUUCUGCGUAGCCCCAGCCGUGCCAAACUAGUCCGGCGCUGGAUCGCAUCAAAUUAAAGUGAAUUAGAGUGGAGUAGAACGAAAAACAGACGUAGUUGAACAGAAUGUUCAUAGCUUGUGCGGGUAAAGAGUAAAAAUUUUAACGAAGCGAUAAAUUAGUCUCUUGGGAGUGCAAACUCAAAACGCAUUUCUAUGGUUGUAAACAGAAACACAGAACUAACUAUUUACGCCCGAAUUUCGGGAAUCUCGGUUUAAAUGGCCAACAUCCCUUGAUUCUCUUAACGCCACCUAUAUAAAUACAGUAUUGGUUUCUCAGAUUCGGAAGUGGUUCCUUAUCGUCGUCCAGCCAGUAUAAGGAUAAAGGCGUCCGAGAAUUCUGGAGUGAAGAUGUGAGCAUUGAUCUCAAUAGUGCGAUUCCAAUCAGAUAUUUUCAGCCAAUCACAGACGACUUUGAUACCGCGAUAUAUUGGUAUGCCCUUUGGAAGUAGAUAUACUAUGAUAGGAUCACGAUGCGUGAUACAGUUACUGCAGACUCGUGGCGGAGGUUAAAAAACCAGUCGCUCUGUUUGAAGUUAAAAUGAAAUGUAUUUUCAUUUUCCUGUUCGUUUCAAUUCUUGAGUUUUUGACCGUGAAGGGGAGUGCUGCAGGUAAGUUUACUUAUUUCCCUGUUUCAAGCCGAAUUGCUUUUAAAACGAAGUGCUUUAGUCAUUUACCCGCGCAGUACGUGUUUUUGCACGGCUGUGCAGUCUCCUGUAUGGAAUUCUGCAAGUCUCGAUUCAAGUCCGAUUCGCAUGAGCCGUAUAUGUUUAAUUAAUAUACUUAAUUAUAGUUUCUGGCUGUUUAUACAGCCAGUUGGUCACACGGUCGAUGCCGUUGCACUUAGGGACACAUCUACCGUUACAGCGAGGACAAUUUAGCGUCACAACAGUUUGAUAAGCCGAUUCAAAAUAAAUAAAAUGAUCUCAUUCACCACACGCUCACACCGAAGCCAAUGUUUGAGAGAAUUCACAGGCGUAAGUCUUGGUCCAAAGCGUCACUUAUAUACACCAUUAUGGGAUAACUGAUCCAUUAAUCUGUCGGUAUGCGUCGCUUUCUAGUCAAUUGAUGUUCGCAGUGUUCUUGUCACGACCUACCGGGAAGUACAGGAAGGGAAGUUUUCAGUCUUCCUCAAUUUCUCACGUAAAUUGCAUGUAGUUAUUCUGUGUAAAGAGGAAGUCAGGAAAAAUUGUGUACCGCGGAGAAUGAAUGAUGAUGAUAAUGAUGCUCUGACGUUGGCCAACGCCUGAAACGUCAACUUUGAAAAUUUUUACGUUAGCCCAUUUACGUUAUCAACUCGGUUGAUAAUAACAAAUCACCCUAAUAUAAAGAGAUCGGUAGUUUGUGCAAGUUGUCGCACGUUCAGCAAGACAAGAAUCAUCCUACAGCGGGGAAGUUUGCGUAACACCCGUUAGUAAAAAGCGAUUCUACGUCGAAGAAAACCAUGAUUUUGUUGACUUGUAAUUCUUGGUGGCUAAUAGUGGACACAAAAUAAGCGGGGUUGGUGACCGUGUAAUUUGACUUAACCUUUUCACUCUCAAUAUCUCAUUAGUAAUUCUCCUUACUGAAUGCUGUACAAUUCUAACGACUUAAGUUCGGAGAAUUUGUUACUGGAUCAACUAAUAAUCCCCUAAUUGAUAGUUAUGCCCGUCUAUUCCCAUGAUGAGUGCAUAAUUUAAGAUACGAUACUGCAUUCCUUCCUUUUCUCACAAGGACACUUAACAUGAUCUUUAUCGUCCAGCACUCAACAAAACUCCAAAUAUUUACAAAAAUAGGCAUGCACUCCAAGAAUAGCACAAAAGCGUCCUUCACGACUUAUAAUCGUAGAUCAGUCGCUAUGAAACCAAAUCCUUAGUUACAAUACUCCUUAGUUCAAAACAAAGCCCUUAAAUCUUGCUGAUCUCCGAAUCUGACGCAUCGACCCCCGCACCUCCUGAUGCUGUCGAAUCUCUUGAUCCUUAUAGCCAACAUCUACUCGUUCAUUUUCCAUGUUUACUUCCGCGUCCGAUGUGCCUUUCUCAUGUUCUUUCCCAGCGUCUGCGAGAGCGUUUCCAUUUCCUCCGUUUUCUACCGAGCUGUUGGAACCUUCCUGGGGUAUGGUAAUUUUUCAAAAAAAACUUGGCAGUUUGUUAUUUUUCUCCGCCCUCAGGAGCACUACAUCACCAAUUUUAGGAGACUUUGAAACCGCACCUCUCUUCUCGUCUACGUAAGCCUCUCCUUUGAACUCCCUUCACCAGUCCCUUUCACGAACCCCUUCAUUAGAAACAAUCUCUCUCUCUCCUCAAUUCUGGCAGUUUGGACCUCUGAACUCGCACUUGUCGUCAAGAACUGUUAACCCCACCCCACUCAUCUAAGUCUAUGUAACACCACAAAAAGACCUUUGUCCUAUUCCUUAAUGCCACGCCCAUAUACAACUGCGUCAAAUAGUUUUUGUCAAUGCUUUAUUAAGUUCACUGUACUGCCGUUAGGAGUUGCUUCUUAGUAAGAAUAUUACAAGUUUUUUAAUACAGUAGUUGGGUUUGUUGGAGAAUAGUGUUCAUUCUGUCGGUUAAAUUACACCGUAACAUUCCUGAAAUCCUAUGUAUCCUUUAAAUCCUCUUCACAAAUGUCAAGUCUAUCAUUUUAUCCGGUUAUACUGCCACGACUUACAACACACUUAGAUUAAUAUUCAUAUCAGUUAAAUAUAUUUCACAAUAUUAAUAUUCAUAGUUAACAUACAGUGAUGCAAUCAUGCCGAUCCAUUCCCAUGAUGAAUGCAUACUUAAGAUACGACAUUACACCUGUCUUGAUCAAUGUUUUCAUUUUAUAAUGUCAGGUGUCGUCAUCUAGAACUACGUUGAUACGACCUUUGUCGGCUGGUAAGGUCUCGAUAGAGUCAUCCUGUUUGAGAUCUUUAAGGGCUUUUUCGCAUUUCAUUCGCGAUGUUGGGCGUAGGUGGUUUGACUUGUUGCAGAAAUCAGUUUACACAUCUUCUCACAGAGUUCACUUGCUAAGGGUCAGGUUUUCUAAUCGCUGAUUCGACUCAAGCAACUAUUUCAGUGCCAGGAAUAUUUAACCAAGUACCGUUCAUAUAAGUUGAUAACCUUUUUGUUUCUGUCAACGGGAGGUUGCUAUGUCAAUAUUAGUUGGUUGCACAAGUAUUAGAAACUUGCAUUAUUGCCGUUUUCUAGUGGCAUCAAAUAUAACCUCUGAGUAUUAGCUCUGAUCUUUAAAGUAUAUUUCUAGCGUCACUUGCCAAGAUAAUGUGGCUGUUAUGCUCCUGACAAUGGACACACCAAUGAAAACAAACUAAGCUGCUAUGAAUAGCGACACUUAAACUUUCGACCUCGUCGCCUAAGGAAGACCAGCGGUAUCGCAGUUGAAACGUCACGAUCUUCAUUUUUUAUCACGUUGACUCUUACAUCGUGAGACAAACGAUUAAAUAUUCAUUUAUCUAUAAAACCACGAUGAACAACAACAUUUUUUGUAAAAAAAUGAUUUUUUAUUUAUUCUACAGCUUUUUGGCACAAGCAAAAUACCUCUCCAGUUUGUUUCGGCGCCAAGAACAACCAAUUUGGCAGUUUUACGGCUACAACUGGUUCUAAAAGGCUGGCUGCCGUAAAGCUGGUUCACCUGUACGGUUAUGUAACGUGUCACAAACAAAAAGUCUCCUAUUGGUCUUACUGGGGCUGUGGCUCGAAUGCCUUGGUACGGGAAUUGGUUAAUGUUGUCAUAACAACCUCGACUGACCAAAUCAUUUUGCCAGCAAGCCAGCUCAUUGUACGUGAUAAUGCUAAGUGGUCCAAAAUUCCUACAUAUAACUCAUUAUCUCCAGAGUUGAUAUUAUCGUCUCUCAACCCCACCCCCGUUGCCUUGAACCAACAGUUACGCUUGUGGUAUGGGGAGGAUCUAAUGAACUCCACCGAAGGAGAUAAUGAUGGCACUGUAUGCGUUGAAGUUUAUGCACUUUUCGUCUGA